AUGUCUCUUUUCAACCACACAAUGCCUCUCUUGAAAGAUCAUGCUUCAACAUCGUCAUCUUCAUCUUAUCACUCUUUUUCCAUUCUUAAUGGUGGUGAUCUUGCUUCUCGUUCUUCUGGAUCGAAAUGGAAAUGUCCGCUACAAGAAACCAACAAUAGUUCAUCGUUGUCGGAUUUGUCUUCAUAUCCCAAUGAAACUAAUGUUUGUCUUCAUCUGUCUCUAUGUUUUUGUAAUUGCAUUCAAAUUGCCAAGAAACAGAAACUUGCUCACCAAGAAACUAAUGUUGAUGUUGUUGGAACAAGUUCUGACUCUUCAAUCAGCAAUGAUGAUCCAUGGAAAAUCAAGAAGGUACUCACAACAAGUGAUCUGAAAAAUAAUAGCAGAUUUUUGGUGAAGAAAGAAUUGGCUAGGAAAUGGGUCGUUCCUUUUUUGGAUAAAGACAAAGCUGAGAAAGAUGGAGUCAAAGUUCCGGUUUUUGAUGUUGAUACUCAAAGCCUUCGUUCUCUUGUUUUUAAGAUACAACCUUCGAAUAACAGUCAUGUUUUCAACAAUACAUGGAUGAAGGAAUUUGUAGAUAAAAGAAAUUUAAAAGAGGGAGAUGAAAUUGGUUUUAAAUGGGAUCAAGACAACAAGAGAUUUGAUUUUUCAGUUCUUCGUAGGCGUGAUAACGACUGA